CAAUGCGACACUCCACCAAAUCCACGCUCAGUAAGUCGGUAUUCCUUCUCCUCGGUUCCGGUUUCUCAUUUUUCCCCUUCUUCCCUUUCAUCCAAGAUAGUCUCCUCAAGCCAGAAACCCGAUGUUUCUGGUGAGUGGUGACCUUAUCUACCAGGCGCAGAACAGAGGAGCCCCUGCAGUUAUUUGCAUUCGCAGGACACGUGUUUGAAGAAUUGUAUGGCAAUCCAUUGCAUCACUAGUUAUAGGACUGGCUGUGCGGUUGAUACCAUUACUUAAUGGGAAGUAUCUAAAGAGGUUUUAUUUUUUGUCUAGCAUAAUACAUUGAGUUGGUCCCUUUGCAUUUACAAAUUCAGCUGAGGAGGCCUUGAUAUCACAGAAUUUGUAUGAAUAUACUGACCCCUCGCAACAUUCCGUUUGCUGUUGAUGAAGUUGAAAUUUGGAAGUAACUUUCUCACCAAUAUCAAGAGCAGGCUGCAUUCAGAUCCCUAGUUUCCAGCACUGCUGAAGCAUAUUACUUAUUCUUCUAAUUGGCUGUGUUUUAGUUAAAUUUUCUGGGCAGUAGGCAUGGGUGCUUUCUGUUGCUGCCCAUGCAGUGAGGAGUUCGAAGAGUAUGCUCAUCCAAGUAAUUCCAUAUACAGGCAUUGUAUAUGCGUGCGGUACUUCCUCCUCCAGCUAUUCAGUGGGUACAGUACAUUGUUCCAUAGACUUGAAGGGCGGCCAGUGGCAUCAUCGGUUCAAGGGGCUACUUCUUUGGCAUCAUCUGGGGUGGGCAGCCCAUUACCUGACAGUCCAUUGACUGACACGUACCAUUCUGUUACUAGACCAGUAUCUUAUGAUGCUGAACAAAGGUAUGCUCGCUUGCAGCGUGAUGGAUUAGUAUCGAGGCGUGAGAAGUCCAUGUCCCAUUUCCAGGAGGAAUCACAGCCACUUAGAAGAAACAGCAGUAGCUCUGGUGUAGAACCAAUGGGUGCAGGGAAGAAAUGGGAUGGAAUUGAGUCUGAAGAAGAAUGUAAGGUUGGCCGUACAGAGUCCUCCGAAAAGGUUUUUUCUACUAAAGGCUCACAUGGACUAUCCUAUAUGCUACCAUCAUCCGAGGAUGAAGAUGUCUGCCCUACAUGUCUUGAAGAAUAUACCCCUGAAAAUCCCAAGAUUGUGGCACGGUGCUCUCAUCAUUUUCACCUCGGCUGCAUAUAUGAGUGGAUGGAAAGAAGUGAAAAUUGUCCACUCUGUGGCAAGGAGAUGGAAUUCUGUGAAAGCCCAUAAAAUUUAGUUGGUCUUUGGUUUCAAAGUACCGGGAGAAAAAAAGUUUAUCUAGGAGAGUGUAAAUAAAGUUCCUCGAGCUUGUUUGUGCGAUAACAUCGGAGCAGAGGAUGGUGCUUGUCCUUUCCAUGUCCGUAGAUGUAUCAUGUAACAUCUUUGCAGCCAGUUCAAUGUUCCUACUUUUCUUUUUGAUGUACUAAUGCCAUCUUGCUUUGUAUAGAUAACAAUGAUCCAGCGUAAUGCUAUACAUAUGGAUUGUAACCAGAGAUUCAUGAGUAACUCUUUACUUGUUAUUUGCUUGGUUGAAUCAUCUUUCUGAUCCA